GGGGCUGGGUAGUGGGAGUGGUCGGGUUUGCGGCAAAGUUUCCGGGGAGAUCGAACCGUAGGUGGCGAGGCGCUGCGUAAAUGGAAGCCAGACUUAGGAAACGCACCGCACUCUGACCAGUGUUUCUCUCGAGCUCAGCCAUGGCUUUGACCAAAGGGUUUCGAGUGUUUGGGAAGCGGGAGCCCGGUUUCUGUAGCGUGCUGCUGGGCUCCAGGAAUCGCCAGGAUUGCCUGCUGUUCAAGGCGGGUGCGGUAGCCGUCGUGUCAUCAGUAGAGAAGGAGGUUGCGAAGGAACGUUAUGAGAAAAUAAUGGAUGCAUAUGGCUGUUUGGGUGUACUUCGAAUUAAGAGUGGUAGCUCAACACUCUGCUUUCUGGUCAUGGUGACAGGAUGUACAUCAGUUGGAAAAAUCCGUGACACUGACAUUUGUAAGAUUACUGCUACAGAGUUUGUACCUCUGCAAGAAGAAACAACAGAUGAAGAGCGAAUUAUUUCUUUGAGGAAAUUACUAAAUACCGGCACAUUUUACUUUUCAUCGAUUGGUUCAGCUUUUGAUCUGGAUCUUUGUGCACAGAAACAAUUUGCAAAGGAUCAAGAGACUGCAAGUCACUUUUUCUGGAAUCAGAGUUUGCACGUACAUCUCAACCAGUUCCAGGUGAAAUGCUCUGACUGGCUGCUGAAGGUGAUCUGCGGUGUGGUAGAAAUCCGCACUGUCUAUGCUACAGAAAAGAAGGCCAAGGCUUGCCUGAUAUCGCGGCUCAGCUGUGAACGUGUUGGAUCCAGAUUCUACCGACAAGGAACUGACGAUGACGGGCUUGUAUCUAACUUCGUUGAAACAGAACAGGUAAUAUACUUGGAUGAUGCAGUGUCUUCCUAUGUUCAGAUACGAGGGUCGGUUCCAUUAUUUUGGGAGCAAACUAGAGUACAGGUUGGUUCUCAUCAUCUGCGCCUGACUCGAGGUCUUGAAGCAAAUGCCCCAGCUUUUGACAGGCAUCUGAUGUUGCUGAAGGCACAGUAUGGAAAUCAAGUUAUUGUCAACCUAUUAAAAAUUAAGGGAGGAGAGGAAGUGCUCAGCAGAGCUUAUAAGAAGUUGUUGUGGGCCUCCCUUCAUGCGAUCUGCACACCAAUGAUAAACUUUGACUGCUAUCACUGUUUGAAGAGUGGCAAGGUGGGGAAGCUGCAUUCACUGAUAAUUCCUCAGCUCGAGGAACACCUGGAACGGUUUGGCUUCUUCACCAGCAGAGAGCAUGCCCCUCUUCGUUUUCAGACUGGAACAUUCAGAACAAAUUGUCUUAACUGCCUGGAUCGAACCAACAGUGUCCAGUCCUUUGUGGCUUUGGAGGUUUUGUACAAUCAGUUGGAGAGCUUGGGAAUGGCUAGCAAGAAGUCAGUAGUGGAACGCUUUGUGGAAUUCUACAAAACAAUGUGGUCAGUGAAUGGACAUAAUUUAAGCAAGAUUUUCAUAGGAAAUCGUGCACGAGAAGGAAAAACGAAGGUAAAGGAUGGAGCACGUUCUGUGUCUAGAACGAUCCAAGCUAAUUUCUUUGAUGGAGCUAAACAGGAAGCCAUUGAUUUGCUUCUUAGGGGGAACUUCUACAGUGAAGAUUAUGCAGAGAAGGCGAGGAUUCUUAUGGAAAGCAGUGCACUUGUCACUCCGCCUGCAAUUUUAAAAGCAAUGUGUGAACGCCACAUGGAAUAUACAAAUUUCAACCGUGCUCGCAUCAGCGUAGGCUCAUGGAAUAUAAAUGGUGGUAAGCAAUUCAAAAGCAAGAUGCUCAGUGUUGUGGAUCUCACUAGCUGGUUACUUGAUGGACUCCAACACUGUAAAGAAGCUAACUUCCGAGAUAAUGAGAACUGCCCACCAGAUAUUUUUGCAAUUGGAUUUCAGGAAAUGGUGGAGCUCAAUGCUGGAAACAUUGUUAGUGCAAGCACAACAAACAGGAAAAUGUGGUCAGAACAACUUCAGAAGGCAAUCUCCAGAACACACAAGUACAUCAUGCUGUCUUCAGGGCAACUUGUGGGUGUCUGUCUGUUUAUUUUUGUACGACUCCACCAUGUGCCCUAUAUUAGAGAAGUUGCAAUGGAUCGGGUCAAAACUGGGAUGGGAGGAAAAACUGGGAAUAAAGGAGCUGUGGCUGUUCGUUUACAGUUUUACAGCACCACACUUUGCUUUGUAACUGCACACCUGACAGCAGGACAGUCACAAGUGAAAGAAAGGAAUGAAGAUUAUCGUGAAAUCAUGCAGAAACUCAGCUUCCCUAUGGGAAAAAAUGUUUUUUCACAUGACUACGUAUUCUGGUGUGGAGAUUCAAACUUCCGCAUUGAUCUUCCACAUGAUGAAGUCAUCCAAUAUAUUAAGAGACGGGACUGGACGGGUCUUCAGGCUUACGACCAGCUUCAACAGCAGAAGGCCGAUGGCAAGAUUUUUAAAGACUUCUUUGAAGGCACCAUCACCUUUGCUCCAACAUACAAAUACGAUGUGGGAACAGACAUUUAUGACACAAGUGACAAGUGCCGGACUCCAGCCUGGACUGAUAGGGUGUUAUUUUGGAAGAAAAGUAAAAUGUCCUGUGAUAUAACAGAUGUAAAUUUAAGGAGGUCUGAUUGUGAAUUAGAGAUAAAGAAGAGAGAGAUUGGAAGUGAUCUGCUCUAUUAUGGGAGGGCAGAGCUGACUGCAUCGGAUCAUAGGCCUGUGUUAGCUGUCUUUGAAGUGAAUAUUGAGGAAGUGGAUAUUCUUGCACGUGAACAAAUACUCCAAGAAAUUACAUCUUCACAGGGACCAUCAGAUGCAACUGUGGUGGUGUGCCUUAAGGCACCAACCAACGAACCAAAAGAGGAAUUUCCAGAUGACCUAAGGAAUGAAAUAAUUUCUUACUUUCAGAGUUAUGGCACUGUUGUGUUGGUGAGGUUUGAUCGUGGACAGAUGCUAGUGACUUUUCAGGAUAGUCGCAUGGCUUUGAAAGUUUUGGAACUGGAUGGAAAAAAGGUUAAUGGCAGAGUGAUGAGUGUUAGACCUCGAACCAGGAACUGGCUGCAUAAUCUACAUGAAGAACUUAAUAGAAACAGAAACAGUAUUGCUCCUAUGUCUCCAACUGCAAAUUCUUGCUUGCUUGAAGAAAGUUUUGAUUUCAGCAGUCUGGAUUAUGACACUGAAGGAGAUAUAGAUGAAGACUUGGAUGAAACUAUUCCUCAGCAAUUGCUGACAGGACUGAACAUGAACCACAAAACUGCACCAGAAGGAUUUUCUGAAACUGGUGCUGAAUUCUAUUUGUCAAAUAGACCACCUCAUUCUGAAAAAGCUGAAGUGGAUGAUGAUGGAGAAUCUACCACAAUAAAUGAGAAACUGGUACCAGGUGAAUUCCGACCACGAACAGCAAGCAGAUCAAUAUCUGUACCUGACAGACCUCAGCCUCCGCAGCGACCUCCUCCUCCAACUGUGCUAAGUUUGAAGAAAUCUGCAUCUGAGAUCUUGCAUCCCCCUGAAGAAAGUUGUUUUCAAGCCAGUGCCUUCAGUGCAGUGCAGAAUUUUCCAACAACUGCGCAGCAGUCUUUAUCACAAAGAACUGGAAUAAGCAAACCCUACAAUGUGAAGCAAAUCAAAACAACAUCUGCAGAAGAAGCAGAACAGGCAAUAAAACAUUUAAUGGAGCUGAAAUCAGGCCACUUGCCAACCUCUUCUCUUUCAAUAUCACUUCCAUCAAAUCACCAACAUACUCCAAGUCCAGUCACUGAACAGUGGAAAGGUCAAUUGGCUGCAAACAGUAAGGAACCUAACACGGGUACACUGACUUCAAAGUCUGGCCAAGUGGAACAAUCAUCAUCGUUUCUUUCCUUAAAAUCUUCAGGAGUGAUCAAAGAGAUAUCUGCUCGGUCAAAAUGCGAUCCCAAACAAGAGAAGCAGUGUAUAACUGACAUAACUUCACGUGAACUCAGUACUAGCCAAGGCACAAACUCAGAAGAUGUAACCACUGCACCAGUUGCCCCUCCACGCCGAAAGAAGACUACACCUCCUGAUCUUCAAGAUGAUCACAGUGUCCUCAUAAAAUCAAUGAACAAUACUACCACUCACACUCUCCACCCUGCCUGUAGGUCAGGUCCUCCUAGAGUGUGCAACACCCAUCCCUCCCUGAGCAAUCGCUGUAAACUUCUGCAGAACACAAACCCUUCAGGUUCCAACUGGUUCACAGACAACUCUCACCUUCUAGCCCAGUCUAAAAACGAACUGCAAACAAAACAAACCCCCUUCAACAAAUUUAUCAAUGAUACUGAAAGGAAAGCACAUCCCGUUACAGCUUUUCAAAAAGGACGCAAAGCCUCAAGUAUUACCUCAGACAAGAAUUAUAUUUCUUCAAACAAUUUGUAGCAGUCCAUGACUAAAGGACCAACAAGACAAGCACAGCUUCAGUCCUUUCAAAGACAAUUUAAUUCCAUGUCACCUAUAUGAAAGCAUUUUCUGAUCAAGUUUCUUACAAAGAAUAUAUUGACCAGAUGCACAGACAUGACUGAAGGAACAAUAUAAUCACAAGAAAACUGAGAACAAUAUUUCUUUCAUUAGUUUAUUCUUUACUCUGUACAUAGUUGACAGAACAUUUCUUUAUAUAAUACUAUUUAUUCAAAGAGUUUACAAAAUAGACAAAUGCUGAAGUGACACAAGAUCAAUUCAUACUAGCCUACAAUUUGAAAAAUAUUUUCACCUGGGAGUGAUUUUCUCACACCACAGGGUACCACUGCACUAAUGCUCCUUUAAAAACUCUACACAAUGACAACUUUCACUUAGAAUCACACCUCACAACAGCAACAGGUCCUUUAACCCAGUAAUCCCAUUUGCCUGCCUCUAAACCUGUCCAAAUCUCUUUUAAAUAUGGGAAUUGUUCGUACCUCUUCAGGCUCUUCAGUUCCUUAUACACACCAUCUUCUGUAUUAACAAGUUUUCCUGCAGGUCUUGUUUAAAUAUUUCCUCUCUCAUUGUAGAUUCUUCCACCCUAAUAAAUGCACUGACCAUCAACCUUAUCUGUGCCUCUCAUAAUGUAAUAUACCUCCAGAAAUUCACCCAUUCAACCUGCUGCACUCUACUGAAAACAGUCCCAGUCUGUCCAAUUUCCCCGUAUGACUCAAGCCUCCCAGACGCAACGUACAUCUUUCUUAAUCUUUUCUGCACAUAUAUACUCCAAUUGCAGUCUCACCAAAAUCUUGAGCAUCAUAUUCCAGCUCAAGUACUCCUGGCUACAUUUUAAAACAACUGUUCAUAACGGUAGCUAUGACAGGACAGUCAAACUGAAUACAGUGCUCAUAUUUAACUAAAUUUUGCUCAUUGGGUGAAUUACCCUUUGUCCACCCCAAAACUAGGAACAAUAUCUACAUGGGUUGUACUAUACUCUACCAUUCAACAACACUGUCCCUCUUAAUCCUUGACCAAAUUGAACACAUUUAUCUUUCACUUGAAGAAUAAUAACAUAUCUAAAAGAUUUAACCUCCACAAAUCACUUCAGUCAAAUCUUGGAUUCAUUCACUAUCUUUUGACAAAACACAUCCCACCACAUCAACAGUUAUACUGGGGCCAAUACCUUCUGAAAAACGACUCAACAACAUGCUCUGAAAUUCUAUUCCGUUAAUGCUUCUUUAAUCUUCAAUGAGGAGAUCUCACACUCUUUUCACGUAUAAUGAGCAUCAACCUACCUUCUUUCAACGAUACGACAGCUGAUUCAUCACAUCAAUCAAGCUACAAAAAAUUGUACAAACAAUUCCAAACUAUACUCCUUAAAGGAGAAUUAAAAACAACAGAUAAGGUGCAUUCACCCCAAUUCUGCACAAGUAAAGAAUAUUUUCCUAACUUCUAAACUCCCUCUUAGCAAUACACUCCUUAAUUCCAUUCCCCUUCUAAUUAUAUGUUUUAAUCACACAUUUCCAUUUCUGCAUUACCUUCAUCCUCCAUAUAUCAAAACAUAUUUUAAAAAAGUACAACUUUGUUUUGUACCAAACUACAAUAUCUCAUCUUACCACUUUCCUCCAUAGACCCAUUGAAAUCCAUCCUCGUAUCACAAAUACAAGCCCAUUGUCUGUGUGCUUCAAAGUAUAUAUGCAUUAUACAACCUUGAGAUUUGUCUCCUAACAGGCAUCCACAAAACAAAGAAACACAAAAACAAACCCCAUUUAUAUGAAAAAAGACUGUCUAAUACCAAAUGUGCAGAGAAUAAAAAAUUACAUCAUGCCCAUAAAAAAUAAAAUAACUCCCUAAUAAAGACCAUCGAACACCCAAUGUGCAAUUAAAAAAAAUCAUGCAGACAGUACCGCAAGCAAAUAGUGUUUCAGAACUGAAGUCCGCAAGGGAAUUUCAUAGUUCAGCGCAGAGCUUAACCGGCCUGUACCUUGCCUCGGGCCUUGGGCCUUGGGCCUUGACACGCUGACCUUUUCAGCCUGGCCUGGCACUUAACUCUCUGUCUGAACAACAGGUUCUGCAGCUUGGAUAUGCUGGACUUCUCUGUUUCGAUUAGGCCUGCAAAUCUCCGUCCACAGAUCUUGGUCAUUCGCGUCUGGCACCUGGACCCCGCGGCUUCGAUUCGUCCUGUGACCUAUUUUUCAUGCUCUUCCACACUCUCGGCGAUGGGCCAACCCCCUCGCCAUGCCUUGGUUCUAAAUCGAAUUGUCUCCAAGUCUAAAGAAAAGUUAUACACUAUUACUUGUGAUGAUCUUUUGUCAGAAAAAGUGUGGUUUACAAAGUACUUAGUUGCUAUCCUUGUUUCGUUAGCUACUAGCCAGAAGUCACAGAGGUUCACCAGCAUCAUCUUAACUGGAAGUGCUUCCUGCAUCCUUGACAAGGAUCAUUGCUGCCUUGUACCUCAGUGCUAACGUCCUCUCACUUCUCUCAGCCUUCAAUAUUUUAAGCAACCAAUCCUCUGAAGGAUAUAUUCCCCACCUUAAAUAAUUUUCAGUCAUCACUUUCCCAACUCCUUGUUUUGAAACUGUGACCCUGAGUCCAGAUAGCACAUUAGGAAGAACACCAGUCCAUCAAUCAUGUUAACUCUGCAUUACAGAUCUUGGUCUUCUGAUCUCAAGAAAGCUGCAAUCCUCUGAUUUAACCUUUUCUCAUACCAAAUAUGCCACUCCCUCUAUCAAGCAUGUCAAGUAUAUUCUUCCUUUCAGAGGGGGAAGCAGGCCUGUUGUAUAUAAUGUUCGAAAUACAGGGUAACCAGGAACAUGGAGCAAAAUGUCUCUGCUCUUCUGCAUUAAUACCUCACUAACAAUUCAGAAUGUGUCCCACAGAGAAAUGUGCUGAUAGAAUCAAUGCAAUAAGGAGUCAACACAUUACAUAAUUCAAAAAUGGUGUCAUAAUUUAAAACUGACCUCUGCAGUGUUGCACCAUAAACCCUGUAGAAUACGACAAAUUGACUGACUACUCUCUCACCCACACUGUGCCAUCAGAAAAUCAUUUGCGAUCCAAAAUAGCUGGCCUCACAAUCCUUCAAAGCUCAGAGUCAACCCUUCCAUCUCCCAAAAUAUAAAUCUGAAGACUUUCAGUAACAAGCACCUCCAGCUUAAACAGAAUUAGUGGUCCACUCAUGUGCCCACAGACAGGCCACAGCGAACACUACUGAGGCAUGGUUUCCACUCAGCACCUUCGGGGUGUGCAAUUACCACCCCCCCCAACACAACAUGGGUAAGCCCCAAACAGCAUCUUACAACAUUGUAACAGAAAAAUAGUGAUUUGGCCCACCUUGCUUAUUCAGACAUUCCAUAACAGCUAGCAAAUUCUGUAUCAAAGUGCAAACAUCUUAAUUUUGAGUCACAAGGAAUCAAUCUUGAUAACCACAUCACCUUCAAUUUUACUCAUGUCUAUUAAUAGCAACAUUGGUAAAUACUUAUUGUUGGUCCAUGCAUGCAACAAGCCAUACUCCUAUUCCACCAAUGAGAUUGUUCCAAGAGACACCUGCUUGAAAUCCGUGCAAUUGUCAUUUGACAAACUCAACUUUCCCAACCGUAACUAAAUAUUUCCCAUGCUUUCUAAAAGUUCAUUCACCAAGUUCUCAUUGGUUACGGGUUACUCCACCUUAUCAUAAGCCUGGAAUAUUUACAACUUUGUCAUUCUUAACACACUGAAGCACAUUUGCAGCAAUGAAUUUUUUUUAAAAAGUACAAUUUCAAGAUAAAAUAAGCAACAAAUGCAAACUGAGUGAACUCAAUAAGUCAUGUGGCAUGUAUACAGAAAUCAAAAGUCAAUAUUUCAGGUCAAGACCUUUGAUCUGCACUGAAAAAUGUAGAAAAGGCAGCUAGGAUGAAGUAGUGAUGGAUUGCUUGCCCUUACCUUUCUACUGACUAUUUCCACAUCAUCUUUCAGUCCAAAUGAAAGGUUUCAACCAGAAAUGUCAACUGACCAUUUUCUUCCACUUACACAAUUUCUAUCCUUAACAUAAGCAGGGAUAGGUUGCUGCCAGGUAUUUCAAAUAACACUGUGACUUGUAUCCUCUUUAUCCCUAUAUUCUAAUUUUAUCAUUGUCUGUAUUAAUUACAGUGUUAUCAUCUGCUUUUUUUGAUUUCAAAGUACCACAUUUAGCAAAUCAACCGUGUCCUCUACCAUAAGAAUUUUUUAAAAAUCUGUGAUAACCUGUAUCACAAGCACAUUGUGUCGUUUUUGAUAUUAACUGAUAAUCGUAUCUACGUGCUUUUUACUCCCCUGCUCUUCCAUGUCACAUGAAAAUGAUAUAAAAAUAUCAAUUACAUUAAAUUAGAAGUUUGUAGCACUUCUCUGAUCUCCCUGAAUUACUUACUGACAAGAAGCAAUAGGUUAAAGGGACCAUCCAACUUGAUCCCUCCCACCGCUCCCAUGUUCUCUUCACAAUUUACUUCAGGUGGAGAUUGGGACUUUUUUGUCUUCAAACUAUUUUCUCAUUGAUUGUCCACGCAACCAUUUAAUGAAGUGCCAAUUACAAAAAUUACUAUUUAAGAUAAACUAAUCGUGAAAUGCCACAAAAAAAACAGCAUACAAAUAGACAAACAGAAAAUUGAAUUACUAGCAUGAACCUUCCACUGGAAGAAAUCACACAAAAACAACUCUUCAAUAUAACAAAAUGGAUCAAGCAGAACAGGUAAUAACGGUUGACAUCCUUGUUAAUUCAGGUCAGACAGUUUUCACACAUCAGUAUUCCAGGUCAAAUUUUAGACUAAAACAGCCCUUUUAGCCCACCAUAUCCAUGCCAAUAUUCAAGUGACUCCAUCUAUAUUCUUGCUCAAAACUCUACAGUCAUUGACAAUUUAAGCUUUCUUCAGGAUAUUUUUUUAAACGUUAAGUGUCUCUGCCUCCCACAUUCAAUACCCUCCAGAUUCCAGACACACUCACACUGAAAACAAUUUUCCUAGAGUCCCCACCAUACCACAUCCCCUUAAGUGCAUUCCAUCCCCAUUUAGAUAUUUCUGUUAGGUUGAAAACUUUUGCACUAGCUUGUCUAUUCCCCAGAUAAAUGGCACAUUCACAUCUGCAUACUUCAUUUUUUUUAUUACACAACAUAGGAGCAGGAUUAGGUCAUUUGGCCCAUCAAGUCUGCUCCAUUUCAUCAUGGCUGAUCCAUUUUCCCUCUCAGCCCCAAUCUCCUGCCUUCUCCCUGUAUUCCUUCAUGACCCGACUGAUCAAGAAUCUAUCAACCUCAGCCUUAAAUAUACCCAAUGACUUAGCCUUCACAGCCACCUGUGCAAUGAAUUCCACAGAUUCACCACUCUGGCUAAAGAAGAUCCUUCUCAUCUCCAUUCUAAAAGGAAGCUCCUCUAUUCUGAGGCUGUGUCCUCUGGUCUUAGACCCCCCACCCCACCCCACCCCACCAUAUGAAACAUCCUCUCCACAUCUCCCUUAUUGAAGUUCUUCAACAUUCAAUCAGUUUCAAUGACCUCACCCCUCAUUCUUCUGAAUUCCAGUGAGUACAGGCCCAGAUCUAUCAAAUGCUCUCAUAGGACAAGCCUUUCAAUCCUGGAAUCAUUCUCGUGAACCUACUUUGAACCCUCUCCACUAUCAGCACAUCCUUUAUGUAUUUGAAGGAACUUUUGUUCUAUUAUAUGCCCUUUCUUUGGCUUCUCUUGUUAGCCACAUCUUGCCUUUAGAAUACUACUUCUUGUUUGGGGUGUAUAUAUCCAGCACUUUCCAAAUUGCUUCCAGAAAUUCCAGUCAUUGUUGCUCUGCCGUCAUAGCUGCCAGCUUUCUUUUCUGAUCAAUUUUAGCCAACUCCUCUCUCAUGCCUCUGUAUUUCCUUUAACUCCACAUUUGACUUUAGCUUUUCCUUCUCAAAUUGCAGGUUGAAUCCUAUCAUAAUAUGAUCACUUGCCUCUUUAAGCUCUAAUCAGUUCCGGUUCAUUGCACAGCUCAGAAUCCACAAUUGCCAAUCCUACAGUAGGUUCAACCACGAGCUGCUCUAAAAAGCCAUCUUUAUAGAUAUUCUAGAAACUCCCAUUCUAGGGAUCCAGCACUAACCUGAUAUUCCUGAUCUAUCUGCACAUUAAAAUCCCUCAUUUCCAUUGUAACAUUGCCAUUUUGACAUGCAUUUUUUAUCUCCUGUUGUAAUUUGUGGACCACAUCCUGUUCAGUGGUUAAUAUGCCAUGUCAGAAAUUUUGUUCAUUUUUAAAUGUUUUUCCUUACAUCACUGUUCAGAUGCUCUAAACAAGGAAUAUUAAUAUUCUAACUCAAAUUUGUAUGUUCACAGUUCAUUAGUUCUAUCAGUGAGUGCAGCAAGAUCAGAACAUUUUCAUCCAAACAAGAUGACUGUUCUAGAUAGUAGAGUUGUUCAAAGUUAUCACUAAUAUUUCAGGCCAGAUACAGUUUAUUAACUAUAAUAGUACAUGUUAUUAACAUUACAAACCUGACAAACUGUACACCUAAGAUUAAUCUUCGGGUUAAUGCAUUGUAUACAUUCAACAAUAAACCAUGAUAAAUACUGCAUGGACAUGAAAUGAAUAAUCAAAAUAGAUUUAUUUUGAGCACAUUAUAUUAAUUUUGAUGUAAAAUAUCUCAUUUGCUACCUCAGAAAACACCAACAGCAUUCUCAUGCAUAUCCUAUUGAAGUUUGUUGGAUGAAGGUAUAACAACUCAUUCAUAUUCCAGAGUGCACAUUCCAUUUCUAUCUCAGUACAGAUAAUACAUAGAUAUGUUAUUAAUAUUCUAGACUAGGCACUCUAACAAUAUUUUGCUAAUAUUUCAGUCUAGACCUUGUAUGCAAUUGUUCUGAAUAAUAUAGGUCAGUAAUAUACCAUAUUUUGCAUUCACAUGUUACUCAUAUUUUAUUUCAAAUCUAUACACAUGUACCACUAACAUUUCACUCCAGGCAUUGUCUGCAAUAUGUUCUAAAUAGGGUUAAAAUACAUGUGUUAUUUAUAUAACAGACUACACAUGGCAUGCAAAUGUCAUUAAAAUUAUAUUUCAGACACUGCACACAUGUGUUAUCAACAUUUUCAGGCAAAUUGUGAAUACACAGCAUUGAAUAUUCAAGAUCACACAGAAUGCAUAUGGUAUUAAUAUUUCUAUAUCAAACACUGCAUAGGCAUCUCAUACUCGUUAUGCAUGUGACAUUAAUAUUCCAAGGUAAACAGUGCAUAUUUCUCAAUAAAACAAUUGUGUACAGGAACAACGUUAUACUACUGGAUGCACACCAUCACACCAUCUGCAGAUCACUAAUUCAGGUACUAAGAACCCAACACAUCACUUUGCUUUCUGCAGACCACUCUCCACAAACCAGUAAUAUUCUAAAUUACUAACAUCACAGGUAUCACUACAUUUCUAACUAAGAUAUUGUACACAUAAUUAACAUUGUAAGUGAACUAUUUCAUGCUUAUUUUACAUUUUUCUGAUUACAAAAUUUACUUGUAAUUAAUUUCAAAGUCAAAAAGACUAGCAACUUCACUAUUAUAAUGAAGACAUUAGAUUUUCCAGCCUGAAUGUUUCACAUCUGACUUUAAUAUUUCAAUGUACAAUCUAUACAUGAAAUAUCCAGGUAAAAUAUCCUACAAUCUGAAAAAAAAAAUCACCAUUGUCAUAUAUAUUUGAAUCCUAAAUAAGACAUGAUGCAUAUACAACAGUCCAUGUAAAACAUUUAAACUUAUUAUAUAGUAUACAAGAUAUUAAGAGGAAGAGAUAGAGUGGACAGCCAGUGCCUCUUCCCCAGGGCACCACUGCUCAAUACAAGGGGACAUGGCUUUAUAGGUUGGUGGUGUUGUAGAUAGUGUAGAGGAUUGUCGAAGAUUGCAGAGAGACAUUGAUAGGAUGCAGAAGUGGGCUGAAAAGUGGCAGAUGGAGUUCAACCCGGAGAAGUGUGAGGUGGUACACUUUGGAAGGACAAACUCCAAGGCAGAGU